AUGCCUAUCACAGGCGUGUACUUCAUCCCCUCAAACCCAAACGCCUCAACGGCCCUCCAAAUAAUAACAGAGCGCCUCCGCGCCGCCUUCCCAAAUGAAGAACUAACCCCAAUCGGCCGCUGGGGCCUGGAACAAAAGCUCCUCCGCGACACCCCAGGCCUACUCCCCUCCUCAAACUCAAACAAAAAACCCCCAAACCCACGGUACAUGCAAUUCCUCUCGUUAACCCACUACCCAACCCACGGCUUCAUCUACACCUCGGAGCCAGAGAAACCCGCCCCAGCACCAAACCAAAAUCAAAACCAAGGCGCGCCUGGUCCCGUAAAUGCCAUUGCGCCAGAUCACUCUCCCUCCCCGCCAAUGGUCAUGACUACUAUCCCACCUUCCUCGUACGGAACCCUCUUCCAGCACUUCACCUACGCUUGCCAGCCUGUCUGGAGCCACCGGUUCACGCUCGCUGUCCCGAACGGGAUCGUCUAUGAGGUUGGUGACUUCCGCGUGCGUCUUGGUGACGUGCGGCAGACGUUCCCGACGGCGCGGGUGCGUGGUACAGUUGUUGAGAUUGAGUGGCGUGGUCCGUCGAUUGUGGAGGCUAUUCCUGUGGAUCGGGGGGAUGGGUCGUUUAGGGCUGGUGCUGGUAAUGGUGAUGUGGAUGUUGAAGCUGCGGGUAUCGACCUCGCUAGCUCUGCGGUUGAGGAGUCCGAUAUCGAUGCUGAGUAUGCGGCGACUGCGUCGCUGAUUCGCGAGUUUUGGGGGAGAUUGGGUGUUGAGGCUCGGGAGGCGAUUCUUAUUCCGAACGUUGGGAUGGAGGUUAAGGAUCGGUUGAGGAGAUGGAAGGAGGCUGGGUCUGGGGUCGAUGCUAGGGUUGAUAUUAGUGUUGAUGGGGCAGGCUCUGUGGUUGGUGAACGUGCUGAAGAAGAUCCUGAUCCGUGGUCUGGGGCGGAUGUUGCGAGGCAGUUUAUGGAGGUUUUGAGGUUUAAUCGAUAG